UACAGCUAAUCCCGUAUUACACCGAGCGUGAAUGAGAAGCUGUGUUGAACGGCUGCGUUACUAGCAAAACAUGUCAGAGAAGAAACAAACUGUGGAUUUGGGGUUGUUGGAGGAGGAUGAUGAGUUCGAAGAAUUCCCUGCAGAGGACUGGACAGGCUGCGAUGAAGAUGAGGACGCCCAUGUUUGGGAAGAUAACUGGGAUGAUGACAAUGUAGAGGACGACUUUUCAAAUCAGUUAAGAGCGGAGCUUGAAAAACACGGAUACAAGAUGGAAACCUCAUAACAAUGGAUUACUAAAAUUAAAUUUUUCCACAUUUAAAUAUUGUCAGUUCAGGCUGUCAAUAUUAAAUGUGAAUUGUUUUAUUACUUCUGUAAGAAGCCCAAAAUUGUAAAAUGGUGAGUUGCAAAACCAGAUAUCAAUGUGUUUUUUUCUUCCCUUAUAUACCAAACACGUGUUCAUAAUUGUAAUAAAAAGAUGUUUUCCCUA